AAUAUUCUAUUGUAAUCUAAUUAUGAUUUAACUCCAAUUUACAUGGCGAAAUGAGAGAGGCCUGAUUCCCCUUGUUCCCCUCAUUCCUCUCUCUCUCUCUCUCUCUCUCUCUCUCUCUCUGAUCUUCGGAUCAAUCGGUUUAAGCAAUGGCUGAGAAGGUCUCCACAUUAAUCCUAAAAGUAGACCUGGAAUGCUGCCGCUGCAACAAAAAGAUCAAAAAGGUUCUGUGCAAGCUCCAAGAACGAGAGAAGAUCCAGACCAUCGUAUACGACGAGAAGAAGAACACCGUCAAAAUUUCCGGCCCUUUCGAUCCCGAGCGCCUGUCAAAGAAGCUGCUUUGCAUGGCCUGCAAGGUGAUCAAGGACGUCCAGAUCCCUCCUCCUCCUGCUCCUCCUCCUCCUCCACCGCCGCCCCCGCCCCCUCCGCCUCCGCCUCCGCCUCCGCCGCCCCCUCCUCCCUCUCCACCGCCAACGCCGCCGCCCCCGACCCCUCCGCCGCCGACGAAGACAAAGCUAGUGGGGGUGCCGUAUCCUUAUCCGGUGUGGCCGGGCUGCUGCCAGCAGCCGUGCCCGUGCCCGUGGUACGACUGCCGAGGAGGGAGAGGAGUGCGCCGGUGCUGCUCGUGCGGGAAGGAGGACAGCGGAUGGGUCCCCCCAGAUAGCUGCCACUGCGGCUGCGGCUGCGGCUGCGGCUGCGGCUGCGGCUACGGCUGCGGCCAUUUNCCGCCGCAGCGACAGUGUCGGCUGCCGCUGCGGCUGCAGUGAUGGCAACGGUGGAGGUGGCGGCAGCGGUGGCGGCUGCCGCUGCGGCUGCAGCGGCAGUGGUGGACCCUGGUGCAACGGCGCCGGCUACAAUGUCGUCUACGAGGAAGAUUCCGAUCAGUACACCUGCACCAUCAUGUGACUGAACUUUGUUACGAUUCACGGGGUUCUAUGUCACUAUAUAUGCUUUUACCCGUCGUUAUUUGCUCUUCGUAGAAAAUGUUGCGAGAUACUGGAGCUGCAGGAUUAAAUAAAGAUGUAUUGUCUUUCUAGCUUCCAGUCUUUUUCAAGUGAUUCGUUCAGUAGUUAUAUUAUUGGGAUUGCUGUAGGAUUACAAUCCACUGUUUUGCAAAAAUAAAUAAAUAAUAAAAUAAAAUAAUCACUAGUCUUGUAUUUUAAUAAAAUGUCAUAUUUCUUAUUUUUAUAUAUACAUGUCAAAAUUUUUGAAAAUGGGCCAAAAUAUUACUCUGCCUUAAACAAUUCAUCUUUCCUAUUCUGCUCCUCAUGGGCCCACGUCUCCGCCACCGGUGGCAGCUUCGAGCUCUCGUUCUACCUUCGCGGUCUCCACAUUAACUCCACCUAGCCUACGUCGUGCUGUACCUCACGAGUGAGAGGAAAAUGGUGAACUUGACCUGCUCAUCAUCGUAGUUGCUUAUAGCCUCGCCCGAAAUGGAGACAGAGGUGGCAGAGAAGUAGUGCGACGGUCAUUAGUUGAGAAUGCUUUGAAAGCAUGUUUGUGCGCAAGCACGACUGGCAGCAACAAGGUGGCGGCGGUAAUGAGAGAAAAAAAAAUCUAAGGAACGAUUUGAUAUUGCACUAUUUGAAAAAAUUGAACUAUUUAGAAAAAAAUUAUACUAUUUUAUAUUUUAUUAUACGUAUCAAAUAGUACAAUUUUAUGUUCAAAUAGUGCAACUUUUUUUACAUCGUGCAACAUCGCGUCGUCCGCUAGAUUUUUCUCUCUCAUUAUCGCCAUCAUCUGGUUA